UUAACUUAAAUUCUCUCAUAUUAAUGUUCAAAAAUUGAAUUCUAUAUUUACGGAAGCAAAAAAUUUAUAAAGUUUUUGUAUUAGAUUUUUAGUUAAAAAUUAUAAACUUAAUAAUAUUGAUCAUAAAAUACUUAAUAUGAAAAAAUCAAGUGUAUGUUUAUUACUGCUAGGUAUAUUAGGGGCUUGUAUUUGUGGUGGACGUACAAGUGAAUGUAAUGGUAAUGCUAAAAUAUCAUUAUUAACAAGCAUACAUGACGAUUCAACAUGUACUAUGACAUCAAGUAGAGGUGUGAUAAUGUCUGAGGCUGCUAAAAUGUUCAUCGAAACGCACAAUAGUAAAAAUAAUAAUUUAAAAAUAGAUUUAAAUGUUUUGGAUACUUGUGGAACCGUUACGGGCUCAACGACUGCUGCAAUGAAAGCGCUUUCGUCAAAUAGUUGUCUUCACCCACCGUAUUAUUUAGGAUUGAUUGGACCAGAAUCGGCAAUUAAUAUUGAUGCAGUACAAAAAAUAACAUCAAUAUUAAACGUACCACAGAUUGUAAAUAUAAAUUCAAUGUCAUCGCCAUACUUACAUCAUUUACAUGAAGAAACGGAUGCGUAUAUCGUUCAAGGAAUAUUAGAAAUGAUUGAAGCACUUGGAUGGAAAUCAUUCACAUUAGCAACACCCAAGUACAACAGUAAUAACCAUAAAGAUGAUGAUAUACAAGUUAUUGCUAAAAAAGUAACAAAAGCUGCUAUUUCACGUGGUCUUUGUGUUAUGAUACAUGAAGAAGAUGAUGAUGAUUUUACAUCACGUAUUAUAUAUAUUGGAAAACCACCAAAGAGUUUUUUUAAAAAUUUAGACGCCACAGUUGUGAUUGCCAGUGAAGGAAAUUUGAAAAAUUACAUUGAUAAAAUUGACUAUCAGCAUGCAAUUAUAUUACUUGAAGAUUCUCGAAAUGAUGUAAUUGGAAUUGAAUCACGUGUGGAAAAUUCAAAAUUAUGGAAUAAUAAUAAUCAAAAUAUUGAUAAGUUUGAUACUGAAGAAAUGCGCGAAGUCAGAUGGAUGAAAGAUGCUGUUGAAAUUUAUACUAAGUCAUAUGAUUUAUUAUGUAAGAAAAAAAAAUGUUCAAGUGAAGUUAAUCAUGCCGAGUGGAAUACUUUGGUCAGAAAUGUAGUAUCAACUAAAAAUGCUCAAUUACAAAUUGCAACGAGAACAAUUGAUAUUUAUUUGCAAGUUAAAAAUGGAGUACUCGAUAAAUUGGGAGAAAUAAAAGUUAAAAAAAACGAAGCAAUUAUUGAUUGGGUCGAUGAUCAUGAUUCAAAUAAUAAUAGUGAUGAUGAUGAUGAUAACAUUAUUCCCGAGUCACUUAAAAAUGUUUUGUCAAGUGGUAAUGACAGGACCAAUGAUUGCGCUACGUCUGUUAAAAAUUUUAAAACGCGUAAUGGAAACAAAAAUAAUCAUAAGAAUCAGAAGAUUGUUAAUAAUAAUAAUGAUGAUGAUGACGAUGAUGAUGAUGAUGAGAUAUCAAGAGUUUUGUAUGCUGAUGAUGAAGACUAUGAAUUUUGGACUGUGGUGGCCGUAGUAAGUGGAAUAGGUGUUUCGAUGUUCACAAUUGGAAUACUAGCUGUUUACGUGGUAUUCAGUAAUAUACGUGGACCACGUAGUCCAAAACACAAAGGCGGAAGACGUUAUUCCGGAAAUGGUAGUGUAAUAAGACGUGUUAAUAGUGAACGUGAAUUACAAAUUGUAACGCAAACACCACAACAUCAUCAUCAUCAGCAACCACGAACAAAUCAACGACGAAAUAGUAAUAACAGUAUCGGUAGCGUUAUUUCCGAUAGAAGCGUUUAAUGAAAUUUUGAGCCCGCGGUGUGGUGUGAAUGAUUUGGUGUUUAAAUUUUCAACACUGCUGGUGUGAAAGUUACACGACGCACGGUGUUAAUUUUUGAACCGUGUGAAUCAGAACGUUCACAUCACCAAAGGUGUAAAUGUAUGAGUUAUUUCCUAACCUUUUAUUGCUUGGCCUUGAAACCUAACCAAGGAUUUGAGUGAAGAACUCUAAGAGCGGGGUUAACUUUAGACAUGGAAGCCAGUACGGUAGUCUGCAAUUGGCAUAAGUGAUCGAAAAUUGAAAAUGUUUUUAGUAGCACACAUCAACUUUUAUUAAAUGAAAAUAUCAUUAAUGUAACAGAAAUAUUAAUUUAUUGAUUGAAUAUUAUUAAAAUUGAAUAUAUAUUGACUAUUAUUCAUAAUAAUAAUUAAUAUAAGUACAAUUGGUUUAAUGACUUUACAUUUCGGAUAAACAUACUUAGGUUAGAAUCAUGUAAACACACUUGUCGUAUUUAUAUUCCGUACAUCUUAGCUACGGCACUGUCAUAGCACGUGCGCAGAACUAAAAAACAGAAAGAGGGUGCUCACCGUAACACUAACACCAUCAUAGUUCACUCACACAAGCAAAAAAUGUUUUAUGAUUGGCGCUAUCCCCAAGCAGCUCACACCAAGAUCUCUCGAGACCCCAAAGCAUCAAAGGGUUAAAAAAUCGAUUGCUUCGACACUAGAUGUUCAAUUUUUAUUUUAAAUUAAUCUACAUCAAUCAUAAUAUUGAUAUACUAGUGCUGCAGCCUAUAUUAGAUUAUUUGAUCGUUUUUCACGGCAGAUCAUAUUGGGCAUUAUUUGAGGUUAUAACACCGAAAGGUGUAAAAAAACACACUGCGUUAAAAGUACACCCUUGAUAUUUCACACCGCGUAGACCGUGUAAAGUCUCCGAGGACCAUUUUAACACCAAAAAUUUUUUACAGUAGAUACAUCGAAAGUUUAAAUCCCUGCCCUGUUUAGAGAGAAAAAAGUCGUUCAUUGCUUUCAUGAGAAAACAAACUAAAAAAUUAGUGCAUGCGCCAUUUUUCCCACAGUGGCAAAAAUUUUAACUUUUAGGUACAGCCUUUGGCUCGAGUAGGCAACUAAAUAUGCGGGUUAAAAUGUCCUACUUACCUCUCUUGGUGUGUAAUGUACUAUACUUAUAUAUUCACGGAGAAAUAAAUUUAUCAACAUAACAAUCUAAAGUAUCAUAAAAUAGGAUAUUGUUAAUAUAGAAAAUCGAUUUUUCAUUAUUACAAAGCGUCUUUUUAAUUUAGCAAUAUCUGUCUUAAUAUAUUAGUCCAUAGUAUUGCUAAAAAUACUGAUAUAUAUUCGUUUCAUAACAAAAAUUCAUAUAUUU